AAACUAACCCCAUCCCUCCAGGCUUCGGUACCACUUUCGGCUACCUCUGGUGGUACGGAUACCACCUCCCCCGCGUCCGCGCCCGUGACGUCUACUACACCCGUCUCGAGCAGGAGCGCGCCUCCCAGGCCGCUUAGAUUCGUUCCUACCAGCAUGCAUGAUUCGCAUCUACCUUCCCUGUCGGAUACUCGGUUCGAUACCGCAUGAUGCAUUCUGUCCAACUCGAUCCAAGACAAUGAUCUAUCCCGCUGUGUCUCCGGAUUUCAAUACCAUACAUACAUACCCUGUUCGGAGAAAGAGCGGUGGUUGUUGUCGGCAAAGUGAAUACUGUUCUAUAUGUUUGUGUAUAUGUAUAUCGCGUUGGAUCUGGAUCUGGAUCGAGGUCUGGGUCUGGGUUAGGUUCAAUUUCAAGUUUGUUUUCUCUAGCUGAAUCGAGUCGGUCAGUCGGUGGGUUUGGUAGGGUA